GAGCAAUCCUUCAGAUACUCACCUAAAUACCAGACAACACCUACAGGCUGAUGACAUUCAGCUAGGCUGACUUUCCAAAGAAACAAGGAAUCUGUGCACCUGGCCUGUAGCAUAGCUCCACCUCUCCGUAUCAGUUAGACCAGAACCAUGCCUCCCCAGCUCCACUCCCAGUCCCAGUCAGGCGUGCGCGUGCUGCAGGGGGACCUGGAUGCCCUCAGCCCGGCCCUGCGUGAGUUCAUCGAGAGCAGCGCCACCCUGUGUCAGCCAGAGGCACUGCACAUCUGCGACGGCUCCGAGGAGGAGAGCGCCACCAUCCUGGCGCAGCUGGAGGAGCAGGGCCUGAUCAAGAGGCUGCCAAAAUACCACAACUGCUGGCUGGCACGCACAGACCCGCAGGAUGUGGCCCGAGUCGAGAGUAAGACGGUGAUUGUGACACGGGAGCAGAGGGACACUGUACCCUCCCCCCAGGAUGGGGGUCUCAGCCAGCUUGGCCGCUGGAUGUCCCAAGAAGACUUUGACAAGGCCAUGGAGCAGCGCUUCCCGGGCUGCAUGAAAGGUCGCACCAUGUAUAUGAUCCCCUACAGCAUGGGCCCGGUGGGGUCCCCACUCUCUAAGGUGGGCGUGGAGCUGACCGACUCCCCGUAUGUGGUGGCCAGCAUGCGCGUGAUGACCCGCAUGGGGAAGGAUGUCCUUGAGGCACUUGGGGAGGGCGAAUUUGUGCGCUGCCUUCACUCCGUGGGCUGCCCGCUGCCUCUCAAAAAGCCACUGGUGAAUAACUGGCCGUGUAACCCGGAGCUCACCCUGGUGGCCCACAUCCCCGACCGCAGAGAGAUCAUCUCCUUCGGCAGUGGCUACGGCGGGAACUCCCUCCUGGGGAAGAAGUGCUUCGCCCUGCGGAUUGCCUCUCGCAUCGCCAAGGAAGAGGGCUGGCUGGCAGAACACAUGCUGAUCUUAGGCAUCACCAGUCCUGAGGGCCAGAAGAAGUACUUUGCGGCUGCCUUCCCCAGUGCCUGUGGGAAAACUAACCUGGCCAUGCUGUGCCCUGCCCUCCCCGGCUGGAAAGUGGAGUGUGUGGGGGACGACAUCGCUUGGAUGAAGUUUGAUGAGGAAGGUAAUCUGAGGGCCAUCAACCCAGAGAACGGCUUCUUUGGCGUGGCCCCUGGCACCUCAGUCAAAACCAACCCCAACGCCAUGACAACCAUCUGCAAGAACACCAUCUUUACCAACGUGGCCGAAACCAGCGACGGAGGCGUGUACUGGGAGGGCAUGGACCAGAAACUUCCAGAAGGAGUGACUGUGACCUCCUGGAAAAACAACCCCUGGACACCUGAGGAAGCUGAGCCUUGUGCACACCCAAAUUCCCGCUUCUGCUGCCCGGCCCGUCAGUGUCCCAUCAUUGACCCUCAGUGGGAGUCCCCCGAAGGGGUCCCCGUGGAGGCCAUCAUUUUUGGAGGGCGGAGGCCCCAAGGCGUGCCCCUGGUGUACGAAGCUUUCGACUGGCAGCAUGGCGUUUUCAUCGGCGCCGCCAUGAGGUCGGAGGCCACGGCUGCAGCAGAGCACAAAGGCAAGGUGAUCAUGCAUGACCCCUUCGCCAUGCGCCCCUUCUUCGGCUACAACUUCGGCCAAUACCUGUCCCACUGGCUGAGCAUGGCCAAGCGGCCCCGGGCCAAGUUGCCCAAGAUCUUCCACGUUAACUGGUUCCGCAAGAGCCCCUCGGGUGGGUUCCUGUGGCCGGGCUUCGGGGAGAACAUCCGCGUGCUGGAGUGGGUGUUCCGCCGACUGGACGGGAAGGCCGGGGCCCAGCCCUCCGCCGUGGGGCUCCUGCCGGCCCCGGGGGCCCUCAACCUGAGCGGCCUGGAGGAGCCGGUGGACCAGGAGGAGCUCUUCAGCCUGCGCAAGGGCUUCUGGGAGCAGGAGGCGCGGGAGAUCCGGGCGUACUUCCAGACGCAGGUGAACAGCGACCUGCCGGCCGAGGUGGAGCGGCAGCUGGAUCUGCUGGAGCAGAGGGUUCAUCGGCUAUGAUGAGAGACCAAUCGACUGACCAGAAACUUCAGCCCUUAGACACCGCUGAUACUGCCCUGCAACGAAUCCAGACAGCCUGCAUAACUCUGUAAUACGUAUGACAUAACAUUGCCAUAAGGAUGACAUAAGCCUGACAUAGCCAGCUGUGACAUAAAAUGACAGUAUGCUACACAGUAUUGUGACAGGUGCCAUAAGGCUUUCUUAAUAUAUUCAGAUUCUGUAUUGGUUGAGUGGUACAGUAUUACAUGCUCAUGACAGUGUAAUGCAGUGUUACGCAUCCGAUUCAAGGCCCUAGUGUUGGCAUUUCAUGCUGCUAAGGGGACGGCCCCCCCCCCCAAAAAAAAAAAAAAACCACUUAUGAUGACUAUAUGUUUAGAACAACACUUCAUGUGUAUUACACUAGUUAUGGAUGUGAUGCUUUAACUUGUGGAAGAACCUACGCACUUGUAAGUCGCUUUGGAUUAAAAGCAUCUGCCAAAUGACAAAAAUGUAAAUGUAAAAUGUAGACUAUAUGGUUCAAGUAAAGUGCCAAAAAAAAAGCUACUUUCUUUUCUUCUAGCUGAAAGUUUAGUAACAAUGACAGGGUAGGCAAUACAAAUAAUCUGUUGAAUAAAUUAGUGAAAAUACUAAUACUCUUGAUUUUAGGAUAUAAAGUUAAAAUGGAAAAUUUGGAAUGUAAAGAGUAAGGAGAUGUACUGUAAGGGGUUCUGUGCCCAGGGAUGGUGCUGUGAGAUCAUUAGCCCCUUAAGAUUUGAGAUUGCAAAUACGUGAUAAGACUGGCUGAACAUUCUAAUGCCGAGGCAACAAUCACUACUGGUAACUGAACACAAUGUAGUUCUAGAACACUGACUCAUAAUUCUUUUGACUUAUGAACAUUCUGGGUGGAAGGCAGCCCGAGGCGUUCCGUCACAUGACUUCCACAAACUUCCUAUGUCUGAGUAGUGCAGGGAGGCGAGCAAACAGCAACAUGCUGUCUGUGGAACACGGCACACGGGAGAGCGGACUUCCUCACACUUCAAUGUGUGGGACAUUGUCUUGCCGUUGUUCUUUAUUUAAAAGGUUUUAAUUUAUUUUUGUAUACCAUUAAGUGUUUGGUUUUAUGUUGUUAUUUUAAUUUGUUCUCUCUCCAAUACAAGAUGCAAAUGGGCUAGAACAUUAAUAAAUAUUAUUUUGAGCACA